AUGAUGAAUUUAUCCCAGGAGGACGGCGUUGAACAGAAGAAGAGACCAAAAAAGAAGAAAUCGGCGGGAAAAAUGGACACGGACAUGACAAAAGACUACGAGGGCUGGACGAAGAUUGAGCGGCAGGUCCCGUUUCAGGUGCCCUUUUUUUGUGAUUUUUGAUUUUUCAAUGUUUCAAAAAAGCUUUUGGUUUGAAAUUCUAGUGGGGAACGUACAGUUAUUUGCGGUUUUGGGGCUGGUAAUCUGGGAAAUUAAGGUUUUAUGGGUAAAAGUUCAGUUUAGAUAUGAGGAAAAAUUGAUUUUUAAGGGGUUUUUGUUGCAGGUAAAGCUCGAUUUUUUUUUUGAUAAAAAUGUCUUUUUUCAAGUUAUUUGAAGUAUUUUUUGACUUUUUUUUCAAAGUUUUUAAGGAAAUUUUUAUCCCGAACCUGUGGGGGAUAGGGAAUUUCGGGCUCUUCUACACGAAAAAAAUUGAUUGUUAACGGUAUAUUUCGCGCAAUGAUUAAGAUAAAAAUGUCCCUUUUUGGGUUAUCAUGAUAUUGGGGUUUUAUAGACUCCAAUGUUCAGGGGGAAUUUGAAUUCAGAAAAAAAUGUGAACGUUUUUCUCCCCUGGGACCCUUUUUUGAAUGAACUUUUUCCGAUUUUCGAAAGUUCUAAGUAUUUUUGGAACAGACCCAAGUUUUGGAGAUGAAAGUUCGAAUUUUUGUCCAUGGAGCCCACGUUCCCAAAGUAAAUAGCCUAUUUUUUGGAGUUAUGUUGUCUAUUUUUGUGUUGGAUUUCUGAUCUCGAAAAGACCCAAGUUUCGGAAUUUUGUCCUUUUUGAAAGGAGAUUUUUUUCCAUGGAGCACACGUUCCCAAAGUGAAUAGUCUAUUCUUCUGAAUUAUGUUAUCAGUUUCCAUUUUUGAUUUCCGAUCAAAAGACUAGGUUUCCUUCAAAAAGUUGAUUUCAGAAAUUAUUCUAUAAAAAAGGUUGGACAGGUGCUUUUUUUGGCCCAUAGAUAUCCGGGGAAGUUAAUAAAGUUCAUCGGUUUGUGAUUCUUCCAUGACGAGUGUUGGAAAACUGAACUUUUCAGUGAGAAAGUUGAGAAAAAAAUAUUUUUAGUAGCGAAAAAAAUAGUUUCCAAUUUCCUUCUCGAGAUUUGGCCGAGAAAGAAUAUUGCGAAGGGAAAUUUUUAAAUAAUAAGAAGAAUAUUUUUUUACAAAAAAAGUUCCACAUGACUUGGCCGCAUUUGGAUCGUCUCAAAAAGCGUCGCGGUUGCUUCGAAGCGCGUCUGACCGGAAACGACUUACGCGAGGAGGUAUCAGAAAGCGUUGGACACGUUUUACAGGGUUGUAAUUAACCGUGACGCGGCCGCGUCGCUUAGAGCCAUUCCAAGUGCGGCCAAGGGGUUUCAAGCUUAGUUAUUGAAGGGAGAAAGGAACACGAUUGCUUCGGAAAAUCUUUUUUCUCGAUAAAAAUACAAAUUUUUCAUUCCCCCCCCACCUAUUUCCUUAGGAAAUUACACUCUUUGUCGACCUGAAAAUUUUGAAAAUGAAUUAAAAAAUGAUAAAAUAUAUCGCUGAAUAGUGUAAAUUUUUUUCAAAGCUAUUUUCCCCUGAAAAUCCACUUUUUCCCAUUCCUUCUUGUUUUCCUUCAGAAAAGUGCAACCACGGAAUGAAUCUUCUUGCCCAAAUCAGCCACAAUUAGCGUGCAGAACAAAAAAAGGAAAACAAAAACGUCAAAAGGUCGCCGCCCCGUCGAAAUCGCUCUAUUUUCCCCGCAAAAUGCCUUUAUGAAUCAUUUAUUUUGAGCCCUAAAAGCGAAAAAAAAAGGAAUAUCCAGCGAAAAACAACGCGAAAAUCCGACGCCCCGCGCAUUUCACACUUAAUUAUGCAAAUUGCUUGAAAAAUAUUAUUAUCUUCUCCUCUCCCUUUUGGAGCCGACAUGUUUGGAGAUUGCAUGAGAAGCUUGUUUUGGACCUUUUUCAUUGAUUUUUUUCCUUAGUUUCGAAUGUUUUUUUGAACAGAAAGGUUCCGGAAAAAAAUCCCUAAUAUAUAUAUAUAAAAAUAAUAUAGCCGCGAAGUGAAGGCUUGUGCGCUCCAUUGAGAAUAGGAUAUUUUUGGAGAUUGAAUGAGGAGUUUCGGACCCUUUUUCAUUGAUUUUUAUUCAGUUUUUGCUAGUUUUUCAACUUAGAAAAAACAGCCGUGAAGUGAAGGCUUGUGCGCUCUAUUGAGAAGCGUGUUUUGGAGCUUUUUCAUUGAUUUUUAUUCAGUUUUCACUAGUUUUUCCAUCAGAAAGGUUCUGGAAAAAACAGCCGUGAAGUGAAGGCUUGUGCGCUCCAUUGAGAAUAGGAUAUUUUUGGAGAUUGAAUGAGGAGUUUCGGACCCUUUUUCAUUGAUUUUUAUUCAGUUUUUGCUAGUUUUUCAACUUAGAAAAAACAGCCGUGAAGUGAAGGUUUGUGCGCUCUAUUGAGAAGAGAAUAAUUUUGGAGAUUGCAUGAGAAGCUUGCUUUUUCAUCGAUUUUUAUCUAGUUUUCAUUAUUUUUUGAUCAGAAAGGUUCUGGAAAAAACAGCCGUCAAGUGAAGGCUUGUGCGCUCCAUUGAGAAAAGGAUAUUUUUGGAAAUUGGAUAGGGAGUUUGAUUUGAAGUUUUCUCAUUGAUAUUUAUUUAGUUUUCACUUAUUUUUCGACCUGGAAAAAAAACCGCGAAGUGAAGGCUUGUGCGCUCCAUUGAGAAAAGGAUGUUUUCAAAUUUUUGAGCCGUUUUCUGGCACAUUUUGGAGUAAGGGGAGAAAAAACAGCAGCGUCUGAUCAGUUUUUGAGCUCACCGGGCUUGUUUUAAUCAUUUUUGGGACUUUCUAAAGCUAAAUAAUUCAAAAAUAAUGUGAGAAAAAAACGGCUGAUUCAUUUAUUUUUUUCUGGCCUUAAAAAAACCUCAAAAUUUUGAAUUUUUUUAACACUUGUUCAAAAAGAACACAAAUAAAAAAACUUUUUUUAUUCCGUUUCCAAAAGUUCACUGACCAAAAAAACUAAACCUGACGAAUCCCAAGCCUCAAACGAGAAAAUCUAAUUCGAAAGUUUUUUUUUAGUUCAAGCAGAAGCAAAUCUCUUUUUCGAGUCCUCUUCAAAUAGAAAAAAAGAACUCAACCUUCACUUUUUUUCUGCCACGCCCUCUUUUUUUCUGCGGCUUUACCGAUCUUUUCCCUUCGGCAGAGGUUUCAUUUUUAUAGCGAAGUUAAAAAUUUAACUUUAAGGAAUUUUUCUUUUUAGAAGCAAUUCUGGAAGCUCAAAAAUUGAAAGUUUUUUUUUGGGAACGAGGAUUUUUCUGACCUUUUUUGGCUGGUGAGAAAAUUUGGGACUACUGAUUUUGAGCUCAAAAAUAUUAAGACAGCCAUUUUUUUUCACGCGGACGUAGAAACGACAGAGUGGUCCCUAUAGGGGUCACCUUAGGUGCACUUCGAGAUUUCCCUCUAGUGAUCACUUUACCUUCCCUAUAGGGUCCACUCAAGCUUCCAAAAAGACCCCUAUAGGACAGCCAUCUUUUUUAGAAGAAGCAUUUCCAUUAAAAUCUCGAUAACCCCUUUUGGGAGCACUUUGGUGUCCCCUACGUGGGUUGUUUUCUCCCUGGUCCCUGUAGGGACCUUUCUAGGGUUCCUAAGGACAAAUUAGAAUUUUCAAAUCAUGACGAAAGAAACAGAAAAAAGCCCUUUUUCUCUUCAUUGGAGCACAUUUCCUCCCAUUUUUUCAGCCGUUGCAUCAUCUCACGCCUUUUUAUUGAAAAUAUAUAGACUUGCCUCUUUUCCGUGAAUAUUCUAGAAUUGACCACCUCGGGCAUAGCCCCGCAUUUAUUCUCAUUUUCUUUUUUAUUCUCCUUUUUUCUCGAGUCAUCGACUUUUUCUUUUCAUUGAGAAAUUUUUGUAGAGACAUUUUUGUCAAUAUUUUGGGUUACUGUAUAGGGAAGAAUCAUUGGAAAAGUUGAGAGAAAUUUUCAGAGAAACAAAAAUUUUCUUGUAGAUAAAUCAAGCCUCUAACUCUUUAAUGCUUCAAAAAAAAUUCAUUUGAACUUAUAUAGCUUGAAAUUUUUCCUGGAGUUAAUUGAGACUUAUUAGCUACAGUAAUCAAAAUCUUAUUUUCGAUCUACUGGAAAAUUUUUUAGUGGCCACUAUAGGGUUUCGACGUUUUAGUGGCCACUAUAGUAGUCAAAUUAGUGGCCACCUAAGGAGUUAAAAAUUAGUGACCACUAUAGAGGUCUAAGUGCUACUACUAGACCAAUAAAACUUUUAGUGGCCACUUUAGGGUUCAAUGAAUCAACAUAACUUAUCCAAUCUGUUUGGUUUAAAAUUAUCAGAGUUACUGGAAGUAAUACUGGAUGAAAAACUACUGAAGUGGCCACUAAAACGGAAAAUAGUAGCCGCUAUAUAUUUGGGUUUAGUGACCACUUUAGUGUUCUUGGCGAGCCUCUAUAGUGGUCACUAAAAAUUUUCCCAGUAUCGUCCCACCUUAUACAGUAACCCACCUUCAAAUUUCGUUUACACACACCGUAACCCACGAAAUAUUCGAUUAUAAUCUAAAUAAUCCUAGAAAUCGUGAAUCUCCUGAAUACCGAUUCAUCUUCUCCUACAGUAUGCUGGUGAGUAUUCAGAAGGCCACAGUAAUCUCAAGAUGUUAUUUCCAAGAGCACAAAAUAUUUGAUUGUUGUCGUGUUAGUCGAGAUCCGCAAUAACUUAUUCGACUAAAGACUGAUUUAUAAUUUAUUUCUUGUCAUCCUUGUUUUUGUCAAUAACUUGAUCCAUUACACUUGCUGUUGCUUUAAAAGCGCAUCCGACUUUGAAACGACUUGCGCGUUUUUUUUUAAAGCUAAAUGGGAUCUUCUAAACAAGAGUCAAGUCAUGAUAUUUCGACAUUUUCAUCAUAAUCCGUAAGAAAAAAUAAUGGCAAAAAUCGAUAGCCGCGAAAAGAUUCGAACUUGCAUCAUAGGCUUCGCAGGCUAUUGCGCUAGCCACUGCACUACGCCCCUAGCUGUCGUGCAAUGGCUGGUGGCGCGCACAAAUUCCUUCUGAACGGUCUCACGUGUUCAAGAACAAAAACUUUAAAAAAAUCAUAUAUCCAAAACGAAAAGUUUGCGCCGAUAGCGACAAUGGGGGAUCGAUUCCCAGUCAUCAAAGAUUAUUUGAGCAAAUUUACAGAAAACUCCAAAACCUAAUGACCUUUCAUGUCAGUUUUCCUAGCUGAUUCCGAAAUUUGACUUAAGAGCAAGCAAAUAUUUUUUUUUGUCGAAGUCGUGGCUGUGGUCUUUUUCAACCUUGAAGGGUCAUAACUUUUUUUUACAGGCUUCCCAGACAUUUUUGAGCAAAAAUUUGCAUUCGGCCUGAAAAACUGGGUUGAGUGAACCGAUUUUCAUUCAGAAUUACCUAUGUGAAUUUUUCCAAUCGAGCCGCGCCGCGACCGCAACGCGUUGAACCAUUCCCAAUGCGACCGCGAUUUCUCCAAGCAACCUAGAAAUUUCUAGAAACAUAAAGCGGAACUUCUCGCGUGGGAAAAUUGAACUAGUUUAUUAUUGAUACGAAACCCUCCAGACACCAAGGAAAGAAACUAUUUUUAUUGAAAAGGGAAAGAAUUUAUAAGUGACUUGUGGGAUUUUAUCGAGAAAGGGAUUGGUUGGUCCGGAUAGUGAAUAGAAUAUUGGACUUUUGAUCGAGAAAUGAAAUGGUUAUUUUUGGGUUUCACAAUGAUUUCAGAGACCUGGAAGAUGUAUAAAAAUGUGGGAGUUCAGGAAAACUUCAAAAUUUGUAGCUACUUUCUUUAUUGAAGCACUUAUCAGUUCGUGGUCGCACUGGGAAUGGCUCAAAGAGUCGCGGUCGCGUUUGGAAGCGAACUCAAAUUUUCCUUGCUUCAUUUAAGGCUGAAUUAUACCAUUGGGCGGAAGUAGUUUCGGGUCGGAUGCGUUUUAAAGCUUACUCUUUUCAAUUGAGCCAUUCCAAGUGCAGUCAUGGGCUCUCAUAUUGAGAAUAACUUGAGGAAAAACGGGAAGUUUUCUAUAGAGUGGAUAGAAACUUCGAAAUUUUACGAAAAUCAAGGGUUGAGCUCCAUAAAAACCAAUAAAAAUGUAUAAAUGACCUUUGAAAUUUUCUGGAAUGUAGCAAAAAUUCAUUCGAAUAAUUUAUUUCUUUUCUGCGAAGUAAUGGGACAAAAACAAGCCGAAUAAAAAAAAACCCAAAGCAAGGUUUCCGAGCGAAUAAUUAAAUAAAUCGGUCCGAUUUUCGGUUUGAAUAAUUGAUGGCGAUGAUUUUUGGUUUGGCAGCUAAAAUAGGGGACGUGGGAAAUUGGCCAGAAAGUGAUGUGAGCUUUUCUGGUGGGAUUGUAAAGGUGGGCUAUUGAAAAAACCAAAAAAAUUGAAAAAUAUGUUUGAAAAAGAGAUUGGAACUUAAAUUGGAACUUCAAAAAUGAGUUUGUAUGAACCAUAAUGAGUUUUAAACUCGGAUAACAGUCUUGGGACCCGAACCAACAAGUCAUUUAACUAUCAACCCGACGCUUAGCCACUCAACCAACCCGUCAAUUUGAGGGCUACCGCACGUACGUCGCCUCCACCUACAUUGGGUUCAACAUUGUCGGCUUCGCCAUCAAUUCUUGGGUUCUUUACGUCGUGGCGCCACUUUUAUUCGCCCCGGCCAUCAAGGUAAGAUCGUGAGAACCGCGACGCACAGCUCACGCGACGCGGUUUACAAAGAAAAAACAAAAUUUUCCAAUUUCAGGUCCCAAAAAGCAUCCUUUUCUUCAUUUUUACCCUGUGCGUGAGCGAUUUGAUGACCAUGUUUGGUGGGUUUCGUCUUUUUUUUUCAGGAAAUUCAAUGGUUUGAAAAAAAUAAAUUACAGGGGGCAAUUUAAUCGCAAAUCGAGAAAAAUCAGUUUUUGGACCUUUGAAAAGAUCUUUGAGCUCAAAAGUAGUGAGAUUCUAGCUUUUCUUUAUUUUUUGUGAAUCAAAAAAACGUUCAGUAUCUUUUUUCCAUGAAGAUUACGUAUUUAAAGCAAAAUAAAUUAGAAAAAUUCAAGUUUUCUCAUUUUCAGCCAUGUCUCUUCUCAUCAUCGAGCUAGUUUUCGGCACGUGGCGAUUUUCGUCACUUGUCUGCACUUCCUACCUUCUUUUUGAUUCAAUGAACAAGUUCGUAUAAUUUUUUAAAAUAGAAUAUAAGCAUCAAUUAGGGAAAAAGGAUAUUUUUCUAAAAAUAGUUUUGCGCGUCGCGUCGCAAAUGUGCGUCGAGUCGAAUGCAUACUCUCGUAAAUCUACAGGAAGAAAUAUUUUCGAAACUUUCGAAAAUGGGUUUUUGCUUGUUUUUUGUAUUUGUCCAUGCCGUGUUCAAAGUAAUUUCCGCCAAAUGCGAAAUGGUCUCUGACCCUCCAAAAUUCAGUUAUCUUUCUCUUUCUCUGACGGCUAUUUUGAAUUUCGCGGAAUCACUUUGAACACGGCAUCAUUAUCAUUUAAAAAAAAAAGAUUUUUUUGCAAUGAUGCGAUAAUUUAUUAACCGUGGACGGGGUAAAUAAAAAUGUAUGGCUUGAAAUUCGUAUUCUACGUAACAUUUUCUAUUUUUCGGUUUUUUUCUCAUUGUGGUUAGCUUUUUUUGAUUAAUUGUCGUAAUUUUUUGAUAAGAAAUGGCCAUUUCUGAAAUUUUGAGAGUAAUUUGGAAGCAAUUCGCUCAAAAAAUAGCGAUAAAACCACAAAAUGCAAGUUUAAUGCCGUGUUCAAAGUGAUUCCGCGAAAUUCAAAAUAGCCGUCAGAGAAAGAGAAAGAUAACUAAAUUUUGGAGGGUCAGAGACAAUUUCGCAUUUCGCGGAAAUUACUUUGAACACGGCAUAAAUGUUAUUCUCAAUCUUUUCGUGUUUUUUUCUAGGAUUUUUUUUCAGUCGAUAACGGCUGAUGUAUUGUUUUAUUAAUAAAUUCGCCUGAAAAAUCAAUGAAAGCAAAUUUUUUUCCUGUUGGUUUUUUUCAGCUCUGUUCCAAAUUUUUUUCAUAAUUUUUGAUUAUUUAUUUGGUUUAGAUUCGUCGCCCCGAUCAUUGUAUUUCUGAUCAGUCGAACUUGCUACACUACAGUAUGUUUGGACAAACGGAGGGGCGAAAAAGCGGCCAGUUUGAAGGUUUUUUCCAGGAAAAAAAUUUAAUAAAAAAGAAAUUUAUUCAGUUUGCCGCGAUGCAAGUCAUCGUCGCCUUGGGCUGCGUUUUUGGUCCUUUUUGUGGCCGGUUUUUUUGCUUAUUCCCAGGUAAUAUUUCUCUCAAAUAUGUUUUGAUUAUUAAAAAAAUCUUUUUUCGACUGAAAAUUGUCAUUUACAUCAUAAGUAUUCAUCUUUUUUCAUUUUUUUACGUUCAGAGGAAAUUUUUGCUUAUCUAUUAUUGAGUUCUAAAUAAUACUCAGAGCUUGAGAUUUUCUAAAAUAUCUAACAGAAGGGCUCAAAAAAACAAAAACAAAAAAAUUAUUUUCAUCUUUUUUUGUGUAUCUGUUUCCGGUAUUCUGAUAUUUGAGUCAUUUUAUGAUUAAAUUCCUUUAAAUUUCGAUCGAUCCAAAGUAAAUGACCUUUUCCAGGUGUUCACCUUUCAUAUGAACCCAAAUUCAACAACAAUGGAAGUGAUGGUGAUUCGAAAGUGCGGAUUUUUCCCGCCGCCUAGUGAGUUUAUUUUUUAUUCAAUUUGAAGCAUUUCAUCGAUUAUUCAAAAACUAUAGUCGAUUCACGGCCAGCUUGGGACGCUGAGAGAUGUGACUUGUCUGCGCCCUCUGCCAACUAGGCACCCUCUCCUUUUUAUCGUGUCAGGACCCGUUUUUCGAUGGCUCAAGCCGGCCGUGAAUCAGCGAUCAUGAACUUGAAUUUUUAAUAGUUUUCAUUAGAGUUGUAAGAAAUAAUUUUCUGAUAAGUUUGAAGUUUUGGUGAGUUAUAAUGUUUCUUUGCAGAAAUCGAGUUCUGGUUCAAUUUGAUUGCCUGCACGAUUUCCUACGCCGUUCCGUUGUUCGGAAUCAUUUAUUGGUACGUCUCGGUACCGUUUUUCCUGAAAAGGCGAGCCCUCAACAGCCUUGUAACAUCAAAGUGAGUUUUCAAGUAAUUUUCUUCCGAUAGAUCUUUUUUUAGUUCAAUGGACACGGCUCUGCGGAAAGUUAUCACAACAGUUUUCCUCCUGACUGCGAUUUACGUCGUCUGCUGGACGCCUUAUUGGGUCUCGAUGUUCGCCCAUCGGAUAUUGGCCAUGGGACAGAAAAAUAGUUGGUUUUUACGGUAUUGUGAUAAAACGGUCGAUAAAUAUCAAAAAUAUGAUAAUCAGAAGAAAAAACGAAGAUCAGUGUGAUCAUGAAGAGACGCCAGAAAUGGGACAAGUGUCUCUCCGAUUUUGAUUAAUGAAGAGACGCCAGGAACUCAGAGCUUUUCUCUUUCUCUAGCGUCUCUUCAGACCGCCAUUGACCUCUCGCACGUUUUUGUAAAGUUUGGAACAAGAAUCGAAAAGAGAGAGAUCAACUGAGGCUCGAAGAGACGCCAGACAGCGAGAGCGUUUCUGUUAUCUCUGCCGUCUCUUCAGACUGCGGUCCGUUGUUUGCGACUUGAAAGGCGGAUUUCUCUGCGCCCUCCUUAUCUCUCGAAGUCUCUCGUGCUAUUUCCAUACUCCUCUGACCUCGCCGGUGAGGGAACAGAGAGACGCAGACACGCGAAAAAUUUCAAGUCGCGGCGGACGGACUAUAUCUCAAUUCCGUCCUCGGUAAACUAUAAUCUCUUUUUUUAGUGAUCAUCAUCUCAUAUUUCAUCCACCUAUUACCGUACGUCAGUUGCGUCGCCUAUCCGCUCAUCUUCACCUUGUUGAAUCGAGGUAGAAUUAAAAAACUACACAGUAAUAAAAGAUGCUUUUCAGGGAUCCGGUCAGCACACGCGCGAAUAGUAGCUGAUCAGAGGAGAAGAUUCCGAUCGCUGACCGAUGAGGCGAGCUCUCAGAUUCGAACCGCUAUCAGGUCGGCUUUCAUUGAGAAAAAUCGAUUUCGAAACAUUUUUUGAGUUUCAAAGUUUGAAAAAUGCGAAGAAUCUCCAAAAAUGUAUAUUCUUCCUUCCCAUUUCUUCUGUCUAAAAGGCCCUGAAUUUUUUAAGAACUUGAACUUUAAACAUGCGAUUUACUCAUUAAUAUCAGUUAACAUUCGUUCUCCCAGAAAAGAAACCGUUGAUACCAAAAUUUCAGAUUGAGUUUUCUGAGCUCAUAUUGUGCUCACAAUAACUACACAAGAUCUUGAAAAUUUUACAUAGGUUUUUAAGAAGCUCCGCCCCUUUUUAGGGUUACGGUGGGGUUACCAAAAAAAAAUGUAACUCUUUUCUCAAAGUUCACUACUUAAAAAAAAUUGAAAAAAGAUGAUUUUGAUCGGAAAAAUUUUCGGCUUGGUUGGCUUACAAGGAGGGGUUGGCUUAUAAAAAUUGUGAUGAUAAGAAAUAAAAUCAAGUUUCCACCUCGGGGCGGUCGUUUGGCCACAAUAAUGCAUUUUCUAGCCUCAGAGAGGUAGUAUCAAGUUUAAUUCAGAAAAAAAAACUUGGGAUGAGGGGUUCUUCAAAAAUGGUGUGCCCAUGUAUGGUCAAAAGUGUGAGAGCCAGAAAAAAUCCAAAAAAGUGAUCCUGAAACGAUAAGCGAGUCGUCGACGCAAUUUUAGUCGACGCAACUCCCAACCCCAAGAUGUCCUUUUUAGUACUGUAAUUUCUUCAAUUUAUCUCUAUUUCUGUUUUCCUGAAUAAUACGAAACAUUUCAGAGGCAUCCCGCCGCAGAAAGCCUUCGAAAAAUCACUGAAAAAGAACGGUGAAGUGAGGAAGGAUGAGAUUUCUGAAGAAAAGGUAUUUUUUGAACCUUUUUUGGCGAUUUGGAAGAAAAUUCGAAACCAAAAAUGAAACGGAGUCAAAACCUCCGAAAAAUAACCGCCAGAAAUUAAUAAGAAUCUUUGCAUUUUGCGAAAAAAUUCUUUGAAUACGGCAUGUGCGAAAGCGCCGCGGUGCAUGCACACGACACACAACACUUUACGCGAAAAUUUUGGGCGCGGCGUCGUUUUUUUUUGGCGAUUUAGCACGGCAUUCCUAAUGGGGGUGAGGGAAGGUGAGCGAGGCGUCAAAGUUUCUGAAUUUACAGAAAAAAUUUAGUGCGCGCUACGGAUAAAAUUACGUCACAAUUACACUGAAUAUUCAACGUUAAUAACUUGUUUGUUCGAUCGCCUUCGGCUGAAGUACUGUAGAUUUCAAAUUUCGCGCCAAAAUUUUUUUGACGUCUUGCCACCCCGUUUGGGAACGCCGUGUUUGAUUCGAAGACUUUUUAAAAAUGUCCUUUUUUCAGUUGGUGAACACUUUCACGAACCCCGAAGCCGCAGAUUCACUCCAAUCGCCGCCGCCAAUGAAAUCCGUCUCCCAGCUUUCUUUCCACAAUGAUGAGACCCUAUUGUGA